CCAUCGUGCGUGAUCGUCGCCGCCGUGUGGACGUGGACUGUGGAGGAGUGGUAGACUUGUAGAACGCGAGGUUGACGAUUUUCGUUGCGGCUCGAAACUAUGUCCACCACGUUUCUAAACUUUGUCGAGGAGAAUAUACUGUAUGAGAUUCUGGCAGCGACAUGGAUUCUGUUCUUCUGGAAAUUGUAUUUGAGUCUGCGUCAGAGAGCUUUGGUACUACGUUUGGUGGAAUUGCCGGAACAAGUCCGAGGUUUAAUGACGAGAGAGGUCUACGAGAAGGCGCGCGACUAUUCUCUGGAUAAAUUGAACUUCGGUAUUUUCCAAGACACGUAUUCCGAGAUUUUCAAUACAAUCUUCUUGCUGACCAUGUGCUAUCGUCGAUUUUGGGUGUCCAGCGUCCGUUUGGUCGGUUAUCUUGGUUUCGACGAAUCGAAUGAGAUUCUCCUCAGCGGCGUUUGCAUGUUCGUUGUGUCUGUCGUUUACGACGUGGUCUAUCUGCCGUUGACGAUUUACUCCACGUUCGUCGUGGAACAGAAACAUGGGUUCAAUAAAGAGACACCGUUGUUCUUUGCCAAAGAUCAGCUGCUCAAGUUUGUCGUGAGCGAAGCGAUCGCGGUACCUCUGCUUUCGGCCGUGAUAUGGAUCAUAAAGAACGGAGGAGAUUACUUUUUCCUGUAUCUCUGGAUAUUUUUAAUAGCCGCUACCCUUUUCCUGAUGAUUCUUUAUCCAGAGGUGAUAGCACCGCUCUUCGACAAAUACACGGCGCUUCCGGAUGGAGAAUUGAGGAAGAGAAUCGAGGAAUUGGCGGCCUCGAUCCGUUUUCCACUUUAUAAGAUUUUCAUCGUUGAGAACUCGAAGAGAUCUUCCCACAGCAAUGCUUACCUUUACGGUUUUCACAAGCACAAGAGAAUCGUUUUGUUCGACACUCUGGUGAAAGAAUAUUAUAAACCGGCGGAAGAUGAAACGGCGACAGCGACGGCGGAAGCGAAGGGCUGUGAAACGGACGAGAUACUGGCGGUGUUGGCGCACGAACUGGGACACUGGAAGUACAGGCAUACGUUGAAAGGAUUUGUCAUUAGCCAGAUUUCCCUGUUGACGAAUCUGUUCCUGUACGCGAAACUCGUCGAUUACGAACCCAUGUUCCGAGCUUUUGGAUUCGUCGACAGUCGACCCACGUUCAUCGGAGUCAUCAUCGUGACGAUGUACAUUUUGAUACCUUUCAACGUGUUGUUACAAUUUGUAACGAUCGUGAUUGCAAGGAAGUUCGAGUUUCAAGCGGAUAGAUUUGCCAAGAGCUUGGGACACGGACCGGCGCUGAAGAGUUCGUUGAUCAAACUGCAAAAGGAUAAUCUCGGUUUUCCCAUUUUCGACAAACUGUAUUCUACUUGGCAUCAUAGCCACCCUCAGUUCCUCGAAAGACUCGAUGCCAUCAACAAAGAGGACUGAUUCAGAGACAAUUAUUUUCACUUGUCGAUUUCGUUUACGGUUUGUAGUCGCGCGUCGCACUGUGCGCGAUACGAAUGUGUAAUUAAUGUGAUUUACUACUUACUACUCUUCUUACUUGCUACCGAGUGUAAUUUGUAAUUGUAAGGACGUAACGCGUAACGCGUUCUAGUGAUAAUGGUAUAGUGAUACAAUGAUUAUUUUGGAAAGGCCGCGUGUAUCUGAUAUAGGUUCGUUUAAAAAAUGUGAAGAACCAUGGUGGUACUUGUUCCAUUAUCAAAAUUAGAAAUCGACUUUGUCACGAUUUACAGAUCCAUCCGUGCAGAUGACGUCGACCAGUUUUGUUAUUGCUCCAUCGAUGCAUGUAGUAUAAAUAUACAUACGUAAACAUUGCGGA